CCCUGUAGACUGGAUACGUCACAUUUGCUGAAAUAGGUGGAAGAUGAAUGAUGUACCUGGACCUCACCGUACUGAUGCAAUAAAUUGGACUUGGCUUUAAAAUAAAGAUUUGCACCGCAUUCAUUUACAGCUGGUGUGAUCGGAGAUAUGCUGGCCUUUCUUGCACAUAGGCAGCGGGUGAGAAUGCCUUGGCCAAUUCCCAAAGCAGCGUUUCAUUGUUUACCAGUGUACCUGGUUCCAGUCAACCAACUGGGUGUUUGCUAUCGACUGUAAACCACCUCCCGCUGAGUGAUUGUAUGGUUGGAGCCUCGUUCAUUGUUGCUGCUUCGCUUACCGGCGGUGAGAUGAUUACAGCAUCGUUCCAAUAAACGGGUUAUUCCCCUGGCGUAUGUUCGCACCACUUCCUCCCAGCAGUCAUUCCCUGGGAAUACCGACGGACUCGUUUACCUCCAAGGGCAACCAGCGAGUAACGGCGUCGACCUGUGUGAAGAACCUGUAGAACUCGUGUUCUCCUGCUCUGCCGACUCUGAACAAGAAGCAAAUGCGAUCGUUCCGAAUGAAACCCUUACCAUGGUGAAGAGUAAGAUAAAUAUCAGGAGGAAAGAACAAGAAUUACUGAAGUGAAUAGUGAUGGGGAGUGGAGCAUCAAAACCUCCAAUAGAUAAUCCAAUAUAUGGCUCAGCAACUACUGACAAUAACCUGACAUCACCUUACUGCUCCAGUGAGACGAAUAACAGUUCAGGGACUGAUCCUUUUAGCAUCAUGCAAGUUUUUGAGCAGUCUGAUGAAGAUCAGGAUAUAGAAAGGCAAGACGAGUCUAAUGUGGAAGAAGACGAAGAACAAGAGGAAAUUGAAAGUUUAUGCCAAACUAUUGUACAAGCACCUCAAAAUUUCCAUUCUUGUGCAAGGAACAAUGCUGAACCUGGUGGAUUGAGCGUGGCUUUUGAGAAUUUCCUUCACAAUAACGGCACUCUUUACACAUGCAUGAUGCAGGAAGACUCCCGGUUGUACUUGGAUGAAACAAAGGGAUUUGUGCCAUUUCCAGAAAGGUGGUAUCAACAAGGGAAAUUUAUCGAUACGUUGCAGGAGAUUUCGACAUAUUCAUCCGGUAAAGAGAUCGGUCCAAACCAGGAUGUGGUAUCUUUCACAGAUGAUGAACGUGUUGGAGGUCUCUGGGUUCCGGGGAAAGGAAUGGUCAUGACGUACAUAUUUGAAGAAAGAACAAAUGUUUGUAAAUACUUUGACACCGAUUGUGGAGCCUGGCUUAUCUUGCCCUUGCAGUGGGAAAUGAAUUUGGAUUUUAUCAGAAAACGUGUUGAGCAAGUUGAGCAAAGCCUUCCUAGCCUCUCCGAUCAUCGAGAAGUCACUGCAGCUCUCCGGCAGUGCAACUAUGAUGCGGAUGAAGUUAUUUCCAUAUUUUUAACUAUCUUUGGGGAUGGCCUGUUAAUUCCCUUCAAAAGCCACAGGGAUUACAAAGAAGAUAAUGGCUACCGUCAUUUGAUAGAAAGAGACAUGAUCAUUGAUAGACUACAAAAGGAACUGAAACAAAGAGACACAAGUGUGGAAACGCUCCAUGAGAAAACCAGAGAGUUGUUGGAGGAGAACUGUCGACAAUCUGAAACGAUUCAGCAACUCAACAGACAAAUAUCAGAGCUGGAAGUUAAUCAUAAAGAAGCUCUCAACAGAAUCACAGCUUUGCAAAAAUUAUGUGGGACUUAUAAUUCCAGCUCAUUAACACCUGGUUCACAUUUGGAACCAAAGAAAUUACAGGAACUUUGUAAACUCACUCAUGAAUUAAGUAUUACCAGCAGAGAGCUUAGAUCUACAGUUAAUGAUAACAUUUCAGAGAUCAGACAAGUCAUAAGCCAAACUGUGGAUACUGUGCUAAAGCUGAAAAAUACUGAAGCAGCAUCAGCCCAAGAAAUAGUAGAUCUGCGGUCUUUGUACAAGAAGGAAGCUUUGGAAAAAAAAUUGCUGUAUAAUAAACUCCAGGAAAUUUGUGGGAACAUCAGAGUAUUUUGUCGCUGUCGGCAAGACUCAGAGGCUCAGACUAUACUGGAAUUUCCUUCAGAUGAAGAGAUCGUAGUGGAUCAAAAUGGGAACAGAAAAAGGUUUUCCUUUGAUAGAGUUUAUCCUCCUACUGCCACUCAGGAGCAGGUGUUUGAAGGAACACAGCCCAUCGUUACGUCCUGUGCGGAUGGGUACAAUAUCUGCAUUGUGGCCUAUGGUCAGACUGGCUCAGGAAAGACAUAUACAAUGAUGGGUAGCGAUGAGAACCCUGGGAUCAACAUAAGAUCAAUCAGAGAACUUCUUCAAAUAUGUCAGGAAAGAAAAAAUAUCAGCUAUACUAUAAAGGUAUCCAUGUUAGAAAUAUAUAAUGAAACAAUACAGGACCUUUUGUCAAAACAGCCACAUGCUCAGUUGCAAAUAAGGACCCAUGGAAGGGCGAUUGCCAUCCCCGGAUUAACCCAGAUUGAAGUGAAAACUGAAAAUGACAUCAAGGAUUUGAUACAGUCUGGAAACCGAAACAGAACCGUUGCAUCCACAACGAUGAACUCUGGGAGUUCACGUUCUCAUCUGAUUCUUACUCUCUUGGUGACUGGAGUGGAUGGCUAUUCUGGAGCUGCCUACCACGGUACCCUUACACUGUGUGACCUGGCUGGGUCAGAGAGAAUCUCCCAGACUGAAGCCACUGGGCAGAGACUUGUAGAAGCUGCUGCCAUUAACAAAUCCCUGACUGCACUUGGACAGGUUCUUAUGGCCUUGAAGAAUAAUGCGCUUCACAUCCCAUUCAGAAACUCCAAGCUGACUCAUUUACUCCAGCCAGCGUUCAGUCGGGAUGCAAAGACUUGUAUUUUCAUGAAUGUAAAUCCAAACAUAAAGAAUUUGGGAGAAACCUUGAGAACACUUCAGUUUGGGUCCACUGUUCGGCAAGUGAGUCUUGGGAAGACCCUGUAGCUCUGCCAAGCCGGCAGAUGGAAGAAGUUGCAGCACUUUACACGCAAACCUAGCUUUUUAUUCAUAUAUAUCUUUUAGGUAGAACAAUAAAACAAAAUUACAGUGCUACCUAUUUAUGUCAUUAGUCUCGGGAUCUUGUAAAGCUUUCCUGAUAAUAACAGGAUUUUAAUAUGGUCUGAGUUCGAUCAAGCGUUGGACAUUUACGGGUUGUAAAUUUAAUUGAUUACUAUGAUGGUGUGCACCUAUAUCAAUUUAAAAUAAACAAAGCUAAAUCACAAGAUCCAAAAUCUCUGCUUGUUUGUAAGUAAAUGCAUAAACAAGAACUACAAUAUCAGCAGUCCUAAUGAAUUCCAUUGAAUACACACGCCUGUUCCACAUGUUCAGUGCAUCUUCACUAAAGGGACUGAACAUGACAUUGUGUGGGUUAUCCCGAAUGGCCAUGGCCGGAAACAAAGUCUGUUCAUCACAUCAUCCCUCGACAUUGAUGUCAUAAAAACAAGUUACUACUUCCAAAAACAGUGGGAUGGAUGGGGAGUUUAGUGGGCAGAGACAGCAUGUCAUCUUAUGUGGGAUGUAAAUAAACGGGGAGCAUUAUCUUUGACAGAUUAUUAUUAUUUUUUAAUAUUUGUUACAUCGUAAUUGGCUUUGCAGUUUCAGGAUUGUUCUGUUUAAAUGGUGUAGACACAUGUGUCUAUUUAUUAGCAUUAGAAUAUUUAAAAAUUAACGUGUCCCUUCAUGAAAUGUAUCAUAUUCUGGAUCACUGAUCCAGUGCCGCGUUCAAAUCCUGAGGAAUUUAAAUAUGAAUGAUUCUAUCACAAAUAGUAAUCUUGGCUUCCUUACCUAUAUAUGAUUGCAGCAGCACCAAUGAGGUUGUUCUGUAUCAGUCUCUUCAGGUCAGGCUCCGUGAGCAAAGAACACAAUCAACUCCAAUUACAUAGUGGUAAAAAUGACAUCAAUAUUGGUCAAAAUGAUUUUGCUUUUUGCACUUGGUGCUGUGUUUAAUACAAUGCACUUUGAUUAUAUUAUAUUUAGAUUUCAGUUAUUUGAAACCGUCUAUUUGUGAAUAUUUUGGCAUAAUGCCCCAAAACAGAUCCUUUACCUGUGAUACACAGGUGUGUUUUAUUGCUUUUGACUAAUAACAGAUCCAUGGAAGUUUAAUCUCUCCUUUUUUUUAAUCUUCAAUAAUUUGAACACCAACACAAACAAGUAAUUCUGGUAAGAGCUCUUACCAUGUUAAUUUAGUGUGGAGCUUGACAUCGCAACAGAUAAGAUAAUCUACUGGUUAGUUUGCAUGCUGGGGGACAAGAAAAGGCCAGCUUGUUCUUCGAGGAACAUUGCAAACAGAACUGCACUGAGGGCCCAAACUAUUUGUUCAAUCGCAAAAGGUGUCAAAGGCUGAUCAUACAGAAGGCACUGAGAUUAACCACUUAACCAAUAAUUUAACCAAACUGAAAUAAUUCAUAUACAAGACAGAGAAUUUGUACCUAUAAAUAUUAGACAUUUAAUAUGCUACAUACAUAGAACCUCAGUAUCAAUCUCACUGCACUCUUUUCUAUGGUCUCCAUGUCAAACUUAGAAUGUUGAAGAUAUAUUUGUGUGUCGUAAAGAUGUGAUCAAGUUAUUCUGCAAUAUCUUUUGUACGGUCCGCUUAAUUAUCUGCACUGCAGCACUAGAAGUCACUUUGUUCACCAUUUGAGAUAUCUUGCCCUAGGGGCAUAUGUACUAGAAUGAAUCUGCAAUAUUCUCCAAAGAACCUAGAGUUUAAAACUCCUUAAUUUCAAUUUAAAAAGUCAAUAGAAAUUAUCUCAGUAAAUGGGGCUCAAAAAAUAAUCCCAAUUAGCGCUCUCAAGGCAUCUGCAUCAACUCUUUGUCUUAUUCCCUGGUAUUUGUAAUUGCACAAAAAAACCUUUCAACAGAAUGAGUUAUUGCACUAGGUGGCAGUCUCUUCUGUGAAUUGAUGAGCAGUCAUAUUGAUAAUUCCUUAAAUUUAAUUCAAAGCUCAAUUGUUCCAGAGCUAGGGUAAAGUUGUGCACAGAAUACACAAGCUUUUUAAUUUAAAACUCACAAUGCCUCUUAAUUUUUAAUGUUGCAUAGUUCAAACAGUAUUAUAAUUCUAAAGUAGUUGUUAAAACAACCCUUUGCAGUGUGCUUUUUUCUAUCCAGCGCAUAUAUCAGAUAAUUAUUAGGUUAUUUUGUGCUCGGUUAUUUUGUGUAAAUAAUAAAUUGAUUGGAAAACU